AUGACAGCCGCAACACCAGUGGCCGAAUACACUCAGAUAGAACUGCUCACUCUUCACGGAGCAGAGUUUCGGCGAGUUUCAACUGCACCCCCUCGACUGCCCACCGAAGAUGAAAUACCGAUCAUCGACCUCAGCACUAUUGACGAUGGAUUCGAGGCUAGAAAAUUAAUUGCGGCUCGGGUGAGAUCAGCCGCGAAGAACACUGGAUUUUUCUAUAUCAGAAACCAUGGUAUCCCCGAAGAUUUGAUUCAGAAAGCUCUGGAAAAAGCGCAAGCAUUCUUCGACCAGACUAAUGAGCAAAAGAAUCUGGUGUCGAGCAAGAAGAGCAAAGAUGCCGUUGGCUUUCAUAGCUUGCGGAGUACUCAAAUCAAUAAAUCGGAAACCAGAGACCGAAAAGAAACCUUUUCAAUGCGCUAUAAUCCUGCACAUGACCCAAGGAUAUCUGAUUCGGGGCCUUUCCUCGCCAAUGAAGCAUAUGCAUAUGGUAACGACGAAUUUCUAUGGGAAGGGACUCAGCAUAUCCCAGGUUUCCGGGAGAUUACCAUCGAGUUCUGGCAACGCCGCCUCAGUCUUGCUCGCAAGAUAAUCCGCAUCUUCGCGCUGGCUCUUGAUAUGCCUGAAGACUAUUUCGACGCCGUAACCACGCACCCUGGUGCCGAUGGUCUUUACGUACACUAUCCUGGAUCGCCUGAGUCGGGAGCCUCCGAGGCCACUCUAGAUGUUGGGAUUGGCUCCCACACUGAUAUCCAGUGUAUUACGCUCUUAUGGCAGGACAACUCGGGUGGAUUACAAGUCUUAUCCGCAAGCGAUGAAUGGUUAGAUACGCUGCCGAUUCCCAAUACAUUGGUCGUAAACAUCGGAGAUUUUUUGCAGCGGCUCUCAAAUAAUAUGUUCAGAUCCACCGUGCAUAGAGUAUAUAACCGGCAGACAACAUCGCGAUACUCGAUGCCAUUUUUCUUUGGAUUUAAUCCCGAUUCCGUGUGCAAGGUUGUAACCACAUGCAUUGAUGAGGAGCACCCGGCUCUCUUCGAGCCUAUAUCUUGUGGCGAGGUAAGUGCAACGCUACUCUUUCAUAAUUGA